CCACCCCGGGGCGCGCGCGGCGUCGGCAGUGACGUCACUCCCGCCGCUGCCUGGCGCGGGGCGGGGGCGCGCGCUCGGGCGGGGGGGGGCGCGAGGCGGCGGCGCGAGGCUCCGGGCGGCGGCGCCAUGUUGCAGACCCUCUACAGCUACUUCUGGUGGGAGCGGCUUUGGCUUCCGGCGAACCUCACCUGGGCCGACCUGGAGGACCGCGAUGGCCGCGUCUACGCAAAGGCCUCCGAUCUCUACGUCACCAUCCCUUUGGCCUUCCUCUUCCUCAUCGUCCGGCACCUCUUUGAGAUGUACGUGGCCACCCCCUUGGCCGGGCUCCUGAACGUCAAGGAGAAGAUCCGGUUAAAAGCCACUCCUAAUCCCGUGCUGGAAAAGUUCUACGCUGCCACCACCAAGCACCCCAAGCAGGCCGACGUGGAGAUGCUGUCCAAGCAAAGCGGCUGCACGGUGCGGCAAGUGGAGCGCUGGUUCCGUCGCCGCCGCAACCAGGACCGGCCAAGCCUCCUCAAGAAAUUCCGGGAGGCCAGUUGGAGAUUCACGUUUUACCUUAUUGCUUUCAUUGCUGGCAUGGCUGUCAUAGUGGAUAAACCCUGGUUCUAUGACCUCCGGGAGGUGUGGAAGGGAUAUCCCAUCCAGAGCAUGCUGCCCUCCCAGUACUGGUACUACAUGAUCGAACUCUCCUUCUACUGGUCCCUACUCUUCAGCAUCGCCUCUGAUGUCAAGCGCAAGGACUUCAAAGAGCAAAUCAUCCACCACGUGGCCACCAUCAUCCUCAUCAGCUUCUCCUGGUUUGCCAACUACAUCCGUGCAGGAACGCUCAUCAUGGCCCUGCACGAUUCCUCGGAUUAUCUGCUGGAGUCCGCCAAGAUGUUCAACUACGCUGGCUGGAGGAACACCUGCAAUAACAUCUUCAUCGUCUUCGCUGCCGUCUUCAUCGUCACCCGCUUGGUCAUCCUGCCCUUCUGGAUCAUGCAUUGCACGGUGGUUUAUCCGUUGGAUCUCUAUCCCGCCUUCUUCGGAUACUACUUCUUCAACUUCAUGAUGGUGGUGCUGCAGUCGCUGCACAUCUUCUGGGCCUACCUCAUCAUCCGCAUGGCCCAGAAGUUCAUAACUGGAAAGGUGGUGGAGGACGAGAGGAGUGACCGGGAGGAGACGGACAACUCGGAAGAGGAGGAGGAGGCAGCGAAGAACGGGCCCCUCUCCAACGGCCACCCAGUCCUCAACAACAACCACCGCAAAACCGACUGAGCGCCUCUGCGCCGGAGCCCGGACCCGUGAGAUGGCGAAUCCCACCGCUCCGCCCUCGCGUAGCGCCCAGCUCCCCGUCCCCUCCAUCCUCUCCCUGGGGGUCCUACGGAGCAAACCGGGGACCCUGAGGCACCCGCUCGGCGGUCCGUCUUUGGCCUCCUCCGGAGCGGGGCCGGCAGCGGUCGCUGCUCCACCUCACGCUCACCGUCAGUGCCCUUCCUGCCUUUCACCUGCUGCCUUAACCCACCCCGGUGCCCCGGCACGGGCAGAGGGAGGACGGAUCCUGCCCUGCCCGCAGCUCCUCGGCUCCGCUCCAGCCCCGCGUUGUUCCCUGUGUUCCCAACCCCUCACCGGAGCGGGAGUAGCCCCUUCCCCAACCCUGAGCGAGGGAGGGCGCUGGGGAAGGCGGCGCGGUCUUUGCUCCGCACCCUCGGAAUUGCGGGAGGCCGCGAUGACACUAUGGACGCGCUCGGGGAGUCACAAGGUUCACUCACUACUCGCCCUUUCUCGGAGGAGUUUAAUCCCUUCUGUACAUGGAUUCCCAAUCUCGCUCUCCGUGGCCGUUCCCGGUCCCUUCCCGGCUGGAAUAGGACAAAUUCCCAACUGAGAUUUUUGUUCGUUGUUUCUAUUUAUUUGCCAGAUGGAAGGAGCCGGGUUUGGCUUUGCCUCCUGCAUCCAGCCGGGAUGCGGCGAGAGCCCCCCAGGGUUGGGGGGGGACGGGGUGGGGGGGGAGAAGGACCAUUAACCAACACAGACCAAAACGUGUUUUGUUG